UUCACAGGGUAUCAUUUGGCUCGUCAAAAGGAUCAAUGGUAGAAACGCUGGUAUUCGAAACGCCUACCCCGCUACCCGAACAUGCAGAACGAGAAUUUACAUUUUCACCAGAAUUAGGAACAAAUAAAUCAAGCACACAAAAUGUGAGCGUCAAUGUGGAUGAUAGUGGAAUUGAACUACAGGAAGAAUUGGAACGUUCUAAAGUUCGUGUCAAAUUUUUCCAAAGUGGUAAACCUCAACAAAUUAGUCCACCCGAUAAUAAUUUAGGAUUUUACGAUUUUGAGCAGUCAUUGUUAUCCGAUUAUUUAUCCAACGAUAUAAAUAAUAUUAGUGACAGUACAAUGACAGCCACAGCGGUGCCACCCACAUAUGAUAGGCAAAUCAGUACCGAAUCAGGAUGGGACAAUCCAUUCCGACCUGGUGGCGAUUUGUCAAGGGAAGCAGACGAAAUUGUAAAUAUGAUUAAAGGUGGUAAGCCAAUAACUCCAACCGGUGAUUUAAGUCAGAACUUUGUAAAUGGUGCAGCACAAACAAAUAACCACACACUAGAAAAUGGCACGGCUGUUGUAGAUGGUGCGACAAGAGCAGAAGUGUCGCAAGUGCAAUCGUCAAAAAAUGGAAUCAAAUCACCGCAAAAAGAUAAGAAAAAUGGUGACGCUGCACCGCAAACACAAAUCUCAAAUCAAGUAAUGCCCGGACCACAAUCCGCUAGCCAUGUUGUAAUCGAUGAUAAGAAGAAGAAGAAAUGUACUUGCUGUGUUAUCCAAUAGAAGAAUUUUUCAAAUUUUUUUUUUUCUUGUUUUUCGUUUGUGAAUGGUGCAAACUGAAAAUGGUGAAGUAAGGAGUGGAAUGAAAAUGUAAGAAGAUACGUUGUUUUAAACCUAAAGUAAAAAUUAAAGAAAAAAAGAAAAUGAAAAAAACAAUGCAAAGGAAGUAGAUGAACAUUUUGAGUAUAAACUAAAGCAAACAAAAAUGAAGCGAAAACAAAAAUUAUAUUUUGAAUAAUACGGAAAAUCAGAAAGUUUUUUUUUUAACGAAAAGAGGUAGAGACAGAUGGAAAAAGAGACCAUACUGAACUAAAUGCUUGAAUUUUUGGUAGGAAAUUUGAAAUUCUCUGUGGCGAAUUUUGAGAUUACGUAGACACUAUAAAGUCACCCAAAUCUUCAAUCUACACAAUGACCAAUAUAUAUUUCUGCUGAUACGCUUUUGAUAUUAUGCCGCUGCCACAAUGGGGAAUUAUUUUGUAGGGUCGUUUGAACAUUUUGUGCAAAUUUGAUUAUAAAUCCAACUGAAAUUGUGUGAGUAAAGAGAUAGACAAGUCAUUAAGCAGCAGUAAACCAGGGCUCGGUUGGGCAGGUUUUCUGGAAUUACAAUUCUCAGAGGAAAUACCAAAAAUGGCGCUGCCUAAACAGCUGCUGAUUCAGUAGGAACACGAACUAAUCAAGUAAUUGAAGGCAGAGACUUAUAAAGCAAAAAAUUUUCUUUUAUAUUUGGUUGAGGAAAAGAAUUGCAAUUUUGAUAGCCUCACGUACCAGCCUUGGUCUGUAUUCAAAAACAUAAAAUCUACAUGACAUCUGCAUAUGGCAGAGUGUUUUUAAGAAAAUAUGUUUUCGCUUACAACGCUUUAAUUGUGAGCGAUAUUUGUCCAGAUAUUUUUCCAGCUACUAGAUACUUUUAGUGAGAAAAAGAUUUGAACGGUUUGAUUGAGGGAUACGAUGCCAGUUUCGGCAAUCUUACAUUUCACGCCUAAUAAGUAAGUGAAAUUACGAUUUAUAUCGAAAUUCUGUAAAUGAACCGGAUUGAUACAAAUAAUGUUUUGAACAAAAUAGAAUUCGAGAGACAUGGAGAACGAGAGGUACGUUCAAAUAAACUUGCAAACAUUUCCAUUAUUUCCAUGGCAUUGUAGUUCCACAAGUGGAUCGAAUGCAAUGAAUUAAUGAAGAAUAGGUUACGAGAAGCCCCAGUGAAUUGUUUAUUGAAUAGCGUGUAGCUAGUUGCGUUUGAAAACGUUUUGCUGUAUAAAUUGAAAAUUUGCAAAUUUGGAACUGUGUGCAUAAGGGAGAAUUGUCGCUAUUCAUAUCAAAUUUAUAUAAAAAAAAGGUUCCACAAAAAUAUGUGUGUCCAAUCUUUCAAAACUCACAAAACGACGAAUUAUCACUCUCACAAUCACUUCACAUUCAUCCAUUAUCUUAUCGCUAAAGGAAUUUUUAGUAGAGAAAAUCAAACAACAACAACAAACGACAACCAAUUUUAACCCAAUCUUUUUUGAAUGUACCGCAGUGUUGAAACAGUUAUAAAUAUAAUUCGCACCAAUCGAAACAAAAACAUAAAAUUAGUCGAUGUGACUUUUUUUACUCUAUCGCUACCUACGAAAAAUA